UGAAAAAUGUUUUCGGCCUGUUGGGCUUCGGACUUGAGCGUUGAGCCUGAGUUUGGACCUGCCAUGGGCCAGAGCCGCUCAGUGAUGAGACUGCCGGAUUACCGUCGGUUAUCGCGGCCGUAGGUUUUGUCAUCGGAAGAUCAUCCGCCAAAUCAAAACUACACACAGCUAAAUGGCAGAGAAAGAAGAACAGAUCAAUGGCUGCCACCUCAAACCUGUAGCAGAAGCCUCAAAACCGACAGAGAAUGUCCCCGAAACCGAAUGGAAAACGAUGACGCCAUGGGAGCAGCACUCUGCUGUCAUAAGCAUCCCUCGGUUCGAUUACAAUGCACCGUCUGCGCUUCUUCAACGUUGCCAGUCUGGAUUCCUCAUUACAUGCAGUAUCAAGAGGGAGAAGAGUGCCACAAAAGAAGCUAUCUCCAUCCUUGAAAAGUAUAUUCAGUACUUCAGUAGCUCUAUGCCAGAAACUUUGACGGUAUCUGAUGAAAAUAAAACUUCUAAAAGGAGGAAAGUUUGUACAGGGGACGUUGAUCCCAGAAGUGAUGAAGGAGUGGAAAGGAGUACUGAUGAACAUGCUGGAACUUCUUUGAUUUCUACGAAGAGUGAGGCAAAAGUAGAGAAAUGUUCUCCUAUUUCACUAGUGAAGUUGACGCGGAGUGGCUUGCUUUUGUUUACUUUUAUCAAGAAUAUCUCUCCUGAUACUGUUUAUAUUGUCAAAGACAUAAUUCAGUGUCUGGAAGCAGGGACUUUGAAGUCACCCGCUUGGUGCCAUCGCAUAUUCCCCAUCCAAGCUACUUGCUGCUUGAAUGAAAACGAUCUCCACGCGGUUGUGUCAAAGCUUGUUCUUCAUUUCAUGAAGGAUAAAGGAAACAUUCUUUCACAGCCUGUAAAGUUUGCAGUAGGGUACAACAGAAGAGGAAUUGAAGAGACUGAGAUGAAGAAGACUUCCAAAGAUAGUUCUGGUGCUAAUGUUAUGCUGGGGCGCGAUAAAUGCUUUAGCAUCGUGGCUGCUGCCGUGAAAGAUGUGGUCUCGAAUGCCAUUGUAGAUUUGAAAUCUCCAGAGCUCUGCAUCCUUGUUGAGUUGCUUCCUGUUUCUGGGUUGCCUCUUGAAUCAUUGGUGGUGGGGGUGUCGGUUCUUCCAAGCAAUCUUGUUACUACGAAGCCUCGACUUUGCAUCAAAGCUUUGACUUCUGAUACCAAGGCAAAGAGUUGAAGGCAUAAAUCAAAAUUUUCAAUGGACCAAAUAUUAGACUGUUAAUCUCACGAAUGGAUAAGGUUGGAAAGCUUCAAGAAUUAUGGAACAAAUGCUAGAGUGAAGAUUUUGAAGAAAGAGGACGAUUUCCCUCAAUCAACUCAAUGCAGUCAAUAUUAUUGACAGUUGCACAAUCUAUCGAACAGAUCUUGUUCAAGUAAGGUCGUCAGUAAACAUUAUUACUUUUAAUGGAGAUUUGUAAUUUAUCUUGUUUUGUAUAUAACUUCAACGGACCAUUUCGAGUUGCACAAUGCUAGUCCCUAGGAUAGAUGUUCGACACCUGACAAAAAUAUUACUCGAGUUUUGCACUUACUUAUUGGGGUAACAAAUACUUUGGCAUAAAUUUUAGGGGUUGUAUCAAUUUAGAUCAUAAACUUAUAUAAGUGAAUUGAUUUA